AUGUACGCAACAGGUUUUGACCUUCCAUUCAACCUUCAAAUACGCAGCGACAUCAACAGAUUGACGGUCAUCAACGACAGAGCGACGAUCUGCGCGUCGGCAUCUCCUGGCUCCGUGUCGCCUGUCAAGAUGCGAGGAGGCGGCGGAUUGCUCGCGUCGCGAUUCUUUCGUGCGGUCCAGUCCUCGUACCACCCCGCCGCUGGCGCUUGCGCAUCUACGCCGUUCGUCCCUCUCGCCAACAUUCCGACCUCAGCCACCGCCACCACCGCCGCCGCCGCGGCAUUCAGCAACAGCCAUUCCGUUUCUCGGUUCGCGUCUUUCCUUUCGAACCUCCCGCCGCAACCACCGCCGCAAUCGUCGCCGCGGUUUCCGCCGCACUAUUCGCCGGUCGCAGUAUCUUCCAGGUCAUUCUGCACCUCCUCUCCACUCGCGCAGUCCCUCUUGACACGUGGACUUGCUCCCGCGCUUAGUCAGCAACACGUGGUGGUGUCUGAUCCCAUUGGCGCGGCGCGGCUCGUUAUAGCGCGUGGAUUCGCUAAGCGCCCGAAGAAGUGGCGAGGAGACCCCUGGGUGAUGGUGAGGGUGCCGCAGGGGGCAGAGCAGGUGCCGGCGUCUCAGCCCAAUGCUGGCAGCGUGGGCGGCAGGAACCAGAGGCGCCGCAUGCUGCAGCGCCAGCAGUUCAUCAAGGAGCAGUGGCAGAAGGUAAAGGAGCAAAAGAAGGAGGCUUUGAAGCGACGAGAUGAGGAGAGACGGGCAAGAUGGAAGGCUGGCGCUGCAAGAGCAAGGGAAUGGCGGGAACGGCAGCAGCAGCAGCAGCAGCAACAGGAGGGGAAGGGACGGGCGCUACUGUCUAAAGCUCUUCAGUCUUGCAGCAAAGCCAAGGGAUGA